AUGACGGCCAGCCGACUGGCCACUGGUCAUUUGACCCAUGCUUCCGAGCAUAUUCAAAGAGACCAUCAAACUGAGUUUCUGUGCGGCAUGAGUUCCGUGGCUCGUUUCACAUCGCCCGUCGCAUCACAACGUGUUUACGUCUACUGGUUGGUUGGCCGAAUGCCGCCUGUCCAUCGGUCAGUUCAUCCCACCGCCUAUCUGCCAGGAACAUGUGGUGGUAGUCACGAACGGUUGGUGGCGCUGACGCCAUGCGAUGAACAGAUCUACCGAUUAAAAUCGCUGAGGUCGGCCAUGUGA